GCAUGAUCCUAAGCAAACAUAGGUGAGGUAAGAGCCCCCAUGCUGGGCCACAAAAGCGGGCAGCCCGGGGGUUGCUGAGCACUGGAGGAAACCAGGGUCCCGCUGCCUGGCCAAGGGGACGGAGAGAGGGUCCGCAGAUCAGAACAGCGGGAUGAGGACGUGCAGGCUGCAGUGCGUACAUUGGCGACCUUCUCUUCCGAGGUUCCUGAGAAAACUAUCGCCGAAAGCAGCAGGUGGCUUCAGUUCAGUCCGCUGCUUAGUGUCCCCUCCUGCUGGGCAUCCCACGGCACUUAGGCUAGAGGAUGCCACAAAGAAGAUGCGGAGAUGUUUCCAGAAACUGUGGCCUCCCUUCCGCCGGGACGCAGGACGCGCAGGUGGGCGCCAUGUCGUGAGAGAGAGCCCCGAUCCGCCACACCCUCCAUCUAGGUGGCGCCUUCUGCAUCCACAAGACCAGGGGAGGAGCCAGUGCCACAGGCUCCUAAUGGCGCCGUCAUUCGAUGAUCUGACAGGCAGCAGCAUCAGCAAAGGCCUCAGCCCUUCUGCACAACAUACUGCCUCCAUGCAGAUGGAUCUGGUGGAGGAAGAGACACAGAAAUACUUUGGGUCAAAGCUGGUGUUAAGGUCCAGGCGACUGUCCCAGAGCGUCUCCAUCUCAAGGCCAGCCACCCACACCCGGAAGGUAGCAGAUAAAAAGGGAAACAAGAAAUAUGCAUUCUGGAGAAGAAAAUCCAGGAGGAAACCAGCCAAAAGAACCAGGAGGACAUCAAGACUGACAAUAGAGCAGCUGCAGGGUCAGGUGGACGGCCUAAUCGACGCCGUGGUGGACAGCUCCACGCGCCUGAUAGCACAGCGCCAGUCAGAGCUGGAGCAGUGCCAGGAAGUGGGCCGGGGGAUGCUGCAGAGCAGCAGCCAGUUGCAGAGGGUCUCCAAGAAGGCAGUGCACAGACCCCACUGGAGGAACGCAAGCGCCAUCUGCUGGUGGUGCUGCUAGAAGACAAAAACACACCGUAUGGCCGCGCAUCUCAAGCUCCAGAGCACCUCAUUGUUUCGUUUCAUUUAGCUUUAGUUUCACGUACAUAAUAGCAGUUUGAAAACAGCUAAAACACCUGCAUAUAACAGCCCCCUAGAGACAGGCUGCACCAGCAAGCAUCCUAGACACCUUCAGGAUUUUAUAUGGGGCUUGGCGGCCAAAGCAAAAAGAAAAAUCAUCGUUAAGACAGAGGCAGGUGACCUAUUUUUGGUUCCAUCAGCCCAUCAGUCUGCUCCUAAGGUUUGCAGAACUUCCUGCCAAGUCACCUGUUUGAAAAUACAAUGUGCUUUCCUCUCAGAACAGUGUACUGCUCAAUUAUUAACAUUUCACCUAGAAUGCCCUUGAUUACUGGCCCUCUUUAAACAUGUCCGACGUAAAGAAUAAAAUGGAUCAUUUCGGUAUCAA